CGUUAGUCUCCAAUAAGGUCCUGACGGCGUGGAUAAGAAAACGGCGUUUAGAACAUUAUUUCAAGAGUGAAAUACCACCGAAUACGUUGUCCGUGUUGUCCUUGUAACAUUUAUUGAAACAAAAGGUUUAGUUUAUUAGGAAAUUCUUUUGGUACCGAUAUGACGAGUACUCUGAAGAGAAAAAUUGACCAAGAAACGAGUCCAGAAGGCACGGAUUCCACCUCUCAUCCUAAAAAAGGAAACGAAAAUACUACACCGGAGAAGCGGUCGUCAAAACGACUAGCGGCAGCUCGAGAAUCCAAAUCAAAGGCCGACAAAGAAGAAGAGUCAACACAAAAAACUGUACUUGAAAUGUCAAAGUUCCUCGGUGCACACAUUUCAGCAGCUGGUGGCGUGUUUAAUGCAGUUACAAAUAUGCUAAACAUCAAUGCGACUUGCUGCGCGUUUUUUGUAAAGUCACAGAGAAAAUGGGUUUCGCCAGAAUUGACAGAAGACGUUGCGGAGAAGUUUCGUAAAGCCUGUGCGGACGCCAAAUUCGAUGCGAAAAAACAUGCGCUCGUCCAUGGAAGCUAUCUCAUUAACAUGGCAAAUGCUGAUGAAACAAAACGUGAACAGGCAUUCAAUUGCUUUUUGGAUGAUCUAAAACGAUGCGAGCGUUUGGGCGUGGGCCUUUAUAAUUUCCAUCCGGGCAGUUAUGCUUCAUGCGAAAAGUCUCAAGCUUUAAAGAACCUCGCCGAUUGUAUCAAUCGUGCACACGAAGCCACAGAAAAUGUUACUAUCGUGACAGAAAAUAUGGCAGGACAAGGUCAAUGUCUUGGAGGCGUCUUUGAUGACUUUGCAGAACUGAAGAGUCUGAUUAAGGAUACUUCACGCUGGCGUGUUUGUUUGGAUACUUGUCAUACGUUUGCUGCAGGAUUUGAUAUUCGUACACAAGAAACCUACGAGCAAGUGAUUCAAGAGUUUGACGAAAAAGUUGGAGUCGAGUUUGUAGGCGGAUGGCACUUGAACGAUUCUAAGGCUCCUCUUGGUAGCAAUCGUGAUUUGCACGAACAUAUCGGUCUUGGGUUCCUUGGACUCGAACCGUUUCGCCUCAUUGUGAAUGAUCCUCGCUGGGAUGGAAUCCCACUUGUGCUCGAAACACCGGCUGAGAAGCCCGAAAUGUGGGCCAAAGAAAUUGAACUGCUUACUGCAAUGAUCGGCAAAAAAGCAGAUGAUCCUUUCGUCGUGGAGAAGAACACAGAGUUGCAAGCACGAGGAGCCAGCUCGCGGAAGAGCAUGCAAGAGCAAUUCGAUAAAAAGGCUGCUGCUGCCGCGAAGAAGAGAACACGCACUCCUAGAAAGAGGGCCACAAAAAAGGCAAAGAAAGAGGAGAGUUGAACAAGGUUGAGCAAUUCAUUUUACUAAGUGUAUUCCUUACUAAUAAGUCGUCUCAAUCUCCCCGUUGCUGCCAAUUAUCCUUCUCGUUAAUCCUGUUUUGACUGGCAUUUCCUCCUUCUGCCCAUUAAGCGACGCUUAUUCGGAAUAAGCGUAACGCCCUUGAGGUCACAUGAUAAUCAUGUUCGUACUAGGAGGCUUCGUCAAGGCAAAAAUGAAAUAAAUAUACAUGGAAUUAUUCACAGAAAAACAGCCCCCGUUACAAAACGCCGGAAUCCGUUUUUAACAAAAAUUUUUAUUUUUAUUUGUCGUUUCAUUCUCCCUCGCCCUAGUGUCUCAGUCCCAUAACCCUACCCUAACAGACACAAACCGUGACUGUGAAACAGGCCCCAACUAAAUCACAGAAAAUCCUAUUACUUCUCCCUUACACCAC